GAACGGAAACAAGCAUCCUCUUCUUGGCUACUCACGGCUACUCAGAUAACAAUUAGUCUGUACGCUCUGAACGUUAAGAGUUUCUGCUUGGGAGACUUUGAAGGAGAAUGAUUCAAAGUACUGCGUAGUCCAAGGCACUGCUGGAAUCAACUUUCCCGAGCUACGUGGUAGUCUCAGACUAUGAGACAAUCACAUCAACAAAAACAGCAGGUCUUAAUUGAUCACCAGAGUAGACAGAUAGAAUUGAGAGGAGCCCCGUGGUCUACAGUAAGGCAGGUGCGAUAAGCAAUGAAGUUGAGUUGGUAUGAAUCUGCCGCGGAAGUUGCCGCGUCUAUUACGGAUAAUUGCAAGUCGCGACUUUGCCAAUCAUGGCCAAUUUUUUUGGGGAUCCCGUCGCAUGUCAUGAAUAUUGAGCUUUGGGUCUGUAGCUCAAGACUCGAGACUGAGCCCGCCGUCAUGAUGCUUCCAAGUAGAGGUGUCUGCAGCUCUCGCCCAGCCAUUGCGCUGCGGCAUUGCAUACCCACACCAAGACAGACAAUUCGAUCUUGGUCAGCGACAACUCGCCAAUUCUCCCUGGCCCGGCCGAACACACCAUCGCAACAAUGGAGCAGAAACUCAUCGGCUCUGCGUGGCCAAGGCAGCCAAUUGCUUCGGCUUGGCUCACUUCACAGAGGCCCAUUCGGUGCACCAGCUCUGAGAGGGCCCGGCGUUUUUUCCCAAGGAGCUGGCGCGUCGCGGGCUUUGUCGUUAUGGCCAUUUGGAUCCAAAGCACCCCCGAAACCAGCGGAGACCCUUCCAGCCGAGCCAGCUACUUCGUUGCCAGAGACGCCGGCGACCUUUGCAACUCCUGCUUCCGACCCGACCUUGCAGUUCCGAGAGCAAGCGGCAACACAGAGCCCCCUCACCCCAGACAUUCCUAUGGCAUCUGACCUGCCCAACACAUUCGGUGACAUGGACCCAACAUCGAUUCUUGACAUCCAAGAGCGAAUCGGCUACCUGAAGGACUUGGGUCUCGAGUUUGGCUGGGGUCCUAGCUCCUUGGUGGAAUGGGCACUCGAACACACCUACAUCUAUACAGGCCUGCCCUGGUGGGGGACCGUUGCUAUCAUCGCUGUUGGGUGGCGUAUCGCCCUCUUCGUACCCACCCUGCGAGGAUCCUGGCACCAGGCCAAACUGCAAGAGUGCCGGCAAAACCCCGAGUUCAAGGCAGCCGAGACCAAGAUGUGGGACGCCCGACACACCAACGAUUAUGCGGCAACCAUGGUAGCUCGGUCGCAGAUGAUUCGCAUUCAGAAGCAGACUGGCGCUUCUAGUUGGAAGUCGUUAGUCCCCAUGCUCAUAUCUUUCCCCUUUACCAUUGGUAUGUUCCGCGUCUUGAGAGCCAUGGCCGCCUUGCCCGUCCCUUCGCUUGAGAAUGGCGGUGUUCUUUGGUUUGCCGAUCUGUCCGUCCACGAUCCGACCUACAUACUUCCCCUCGUCUCUGCUGCUGUCACCGCAUGGAGCAUUAAACAGAGCCAGGCUGCCAAUGUGAACAUGGACCCGAACCAGCGGAAGAUGGGGCAGAUGUUGAUGUACGUCAUGACUCCAGUUAUGUUGCUGUGCACCAUGUGGCUCCCGGCCGUCCUCCAGUGGUUCUUCUUGUGCUUCGGUGCCGGUCAGGCCAUUCAGACCACCGCCACCUUAAACCCCACCGUCCGUCGCUGGGCCCAGCUGCCGCCGUUGAAGGAAAAGCCCAUGCUUCCCGCGGCGAAGGGGGUCAAGAUUCCCGGGGCUGCCGGUGCCCAAUACCAGGCGCCGGCUCCCAGCAAAGGAGGCAUCACGGACAUGAUGGAGGGUCUGAACGAGAGCAUGAGCAAGUACACCGGUGGCUCUGCCGCUGCCAGCAAGCGCAAGGCCAUGGAGUAUGAGGAGAAGCGGGCCAAGGAAGAUCAGGAAAAGAGACUGCGCCGGGACGAGGACCGCAGAAGACGCAAGAUGCUGAAGGAACGGGGUGAGCAAUAAUGCAGACACGCUCGUGUAGCAUGUACUAGGCAGGAUAUAUGUAUCAUAGAAUCGCAAAGUAGGUUGCCUGGCACGGAGGUAAGCCGA